CUGCGAUUGGCGGAGGCGCCGCGGUCCCGCCCCCGCUGCUGUGCGGGCAGGGAAGAUGGCGGCGGCCGCUGUGAAGAGCAUCGGGGGCGGGCUGGGCCAGGCGCUGAGGGAGCUUCGCAUCCACCUGUGCCAGCGCUCCGCCAGCAGCCGCGGCGUCAGGGAGUUCAUCGAGCAGCACUAUGUGACCCUAAAGAAGGCAAAUCCCGACUUCCCCAUCCUGAUCCGCGAGUGCUCCGGUAUCCAGCCCAAGCUCUGGGCUCGGUACGAGUUUGGGAAGGAGAAGAGCAUCCCACUGAACAACCUAAGCGUGGAUGAAGUGGGCAAGGCCCUGGAGAGCGUUGUGAAAGGCCGUGCGUGACAGGCAGGAAGCACACACGGGCUGGAGACUCGACUGAUUAUCUCUAAUGGCAAAAAUGUAUCUUUAAUUUAUCAAUUCAUAAACACAAUGUGCUUACCUUGA